AUGUCCUCUGAACAACCAUCACAAGCGCUACCCAGCGAACCUGGAGCCCGGAGUGAAGACCGUGAAGACCGUCAGACGUUCGUGGGGAUCAUUGCCCUUCCAUGGGACAUGAAUUCGUCGUUUCCCGCUGCCACGAUUAUCCUGAGUCGAGCUAUGCCGCGCCAGCAUCAGGGUCUGGCUGCGUCGCUGGUGACUACGUUUGUCAACUAUUCCAUCUCCAUUGGGCUUGGUUUUGCCGGUACUGUCGAGAGCCAGGUCAAUGGUCAAGGAAGAAUGUCUUGCAGGGCUACCGAGGGGCGUUUUGCAUGGGUGUUGGGCUCGCCGGGUUAG